GCUCGGAGCGGCUCGGCUCGGCACGGCACGGCUCGGAGCGGCGGUCACCUCCCUCCCUGCCUGCCUCCCUGCCUUCCCUGCCUCUCCUCUCCCAGCCACGGCGACGAUGCAGGCGGAGUCGGGGAUCGUGCCGGACUUCGAGGUGGCCGAGGAGUUCCACGAGGAGCCCAAGACGUACUACGAGCUGAAGAGCCAGCCGCUCAAGAGCAGCAAUUCCGAGCAUCCUGGCGCUUCCAAGCCUCCCUUAAGCUCCUCCAGCAUGACCUCACGAAUCCUGCUACGGCAGCAGCUCAUGCGUGAGCAGAUGCAGGAGCAGGAGCGUCGGGAGCAGCAGCAGAAGCAGCAAGCAGCCCAGUUCAUGCAGCAGAGAGUUCCCGUCAGCCAGACACCUGCCAUCAACGUCAGUGUCCCCGCCAGCCUGCCCCCUGCCACGCAGGUACCCAUGGAGGUCCUCAAGGUGCAGACUCACCUUGAGAACCCAACCAAGUACCAUAUUCAGCAAGCCCAGCGGCAGCAGGUAAAGCAGUACCUCUCUACCACUCUAGCAAAUAAACACGCCAACCAAGCCCUGAGCUUGCCAUGUCCAAACCAGCCCGGUGAUCAUGUCAUGCCGCCUGGAACUGGGAGCAGCGCGCCCAACAGCCCGAUGGCCAUGCUUACGCUUAACUCCAACUGUGAAAAAGAGGGAUUUUAUAAAUUUGAAGAGCAAAGCAGGGUUGAGAGUGAGUGCCCGGCUCUGAAUACACACUCACGAGCAUCAUGCAUGCAGAUGGAUGAUGUGAUCGAUGACAUAAUUAGUCUAGAAUCAAGCUACAAUGAAGAAAUCCUUGGCUUGAUGGACCCGGCCCUGCAGAUGGCAAACACGUUGCCUGUGUCUGGGAAUUUGAUUGACCUUUAUGGCAACCAAAGCAUGCCUCCUCCAGGACUAAACAUCAGCAACUCCUGUCCAGCUAAUCUUCCUAAUAUAAAAAGGGAACUCACAGCAUGUAUUUUUCCUACAGAAUCAGAAGCAAGAGCAUUGGCUAAGGAGAGGCAAAAGAAAGACAAUCACAACUUGAUUGAACGAAGAAGAAGAUUUAAUAUUAAUGAUCGUAUAAAAGAACUAGGCACUUUGAUACCCAAGUCAAAUGACCCGGAUAUGCGCUGGAAUAAGGGAACUAUUCUGAAAGCAUCAGUGGACUACAUUCGUAAGCUUCAAAGAGAACAGCAACGCACAAAGGAACUUGAGAACAGACAGAAGAAAUUGGAACAUGCCAACAGGCACCUGCUGCUCAGAAUACAGGAACUUGAGAUGCAAGCUCGGGCACAUGGACUGUCCCUUGUGCCAUCCACCGGCCUUUGCUCCCCUGAUAUGGUCAACAGGGUCAUCAAACAAGAACCCGCGCUGGACAACUGCAGCCAAGACAUCAUGCCGCACCACACAGACCUGUCUUGCACUACCACCCUUGAUCUCACUGACGGUACCAUCACCUUCAGUGACAACCUCGGAAACAUGACUGAACCGACCGGCACUUACAGUGUUCCUACAAAAAUGGGAUCCAAACUGGAAGAUAUCUUGAUGGACGAUACCCUCUCCCCCGUAGGAGUAACUGACCCACUACUUUCCUCCGUGUCUCCUGGAGCAUCGAAAACGAGUAGCAGGCGGAGCAGUGUGAGCAUGGAGGACACCGACCAUGCUUGUUAGCAAAUACUUGGCACACCUUUCAUAAACUGCUUUGUUUCUUGAUCAGUAGAUGAAAUAAUUUGCCUUUUGUAGAUUUUUUUGAUUUUUUUUCUUGUGCUUCAUCAGUAGCCCAGUGUGUGUGCGUGUGUAUAUAUUAUAUAUAUAGGGUUUUUUUUAGAUUUUUUUGUGAAGAAACUUGUAUAUUCUAUUUUAAAACUACCAAUGCCUCCAAAUAUAUUGUACAGCAGAUGUACAGUAUCUGUGAACUGGAUUCGCCAAGAACUUUGAACUGGUCAAAUCUACUCAAAGCAAUAGAAUUACAAAUGAAGAGUCUGUUUCUACUGGGGGGUGGGAAUCAUGGAACUGUAAAUGCAACCUAUUCACUUGGAGACAAAAUGUAAAUUUAAAGAAUGUAAAGAUACCAAAAAAAGAGUCCAAUUUGUAAUUGUAUUGAUUUAAUAGUGCUGCCUUAAAGAUACAGUGUCCAUCAAACUUUGGUCUUUAUAGACAAGUGUUUAGGGAAAAAAAAAAUCACAACAAACCACUCUAUUCCAUUCAGAAUACAAAGAAAAAGAGAAGCGUUAAGACAUCCUGAUUGUGUUGAUUGUGGUAUAAAAUGCUGUUGCUGAAAAUGAAAUAGAAAUUGCAGGGAGAAGUGAGUCUCUUUCUCGGAGUGCUCUUUAAUUUUACUCUGAGCUGAUUUGGGUUUUCCUUUUGAUCAUGGUACAACUUUCUUUUAGGCUUUAGUUUUGUUUUGUAACAUGCAAUGAUGGCUCACCAACGAUAACCCACGAAGGAGCACUAUAGGUUGGUAUACGCUCUUUGGACAAAAAAAGUUGAUACGUUUUAUCAGCUGGGCACAUUAUGUUGUACAUAUCUAAUUGGCUUUAUUUUUUUUUAAAUUGCAAUGUACAGUUUAUUCUGAUUUGCAUGGAUUCCUUAGUUAUUCUCAACUUUUUGUUUUAAAUAUAUUUGUAUUUCAUUUGUAAGAUUUUUGCCUCUUAAUAUUGCAACUUUUUUUUUGGCAUUUUUAAAACUCAUUGGAAGUUUUCUGCGUUCUUUGUAAACACUUGAAAGGAAGCUUUUAUGCAGGGUUCCGUGUUUUAAGAGAGAUUUUGAGGAUAUUUUGUAUAUUACAGUCUCACUUUGAAAAUGUUUUUAAACACGUUUAAGGUAGAGUACAGAUGUAGAUUAGGUAAUAAAACAACUUGUAGAGAAACUGAACUUACAUAUUUAUUUUUAGUGAUACGACAAAGAAGUAGUAAUAUGCUUGGAAACAUAACUAUGUAGUUAAUAUACCCGUCAUAGUAAUUUGUGGUUUAUUUCAGCACUGAGGCUGACAUAAAAAACAAAAAAAAAGAGUAAAUUACUGUAUCUGCAAAUAACUGUUACUUGAUAACAAUGUUAUUAAUUUUUAACACGCAACAAUGUUGUAAAAGUAGUUUGGUGCAUUAUCUACUCAAGUGUAGUCCUAUGCAAUAACGGUAGUUGUACAUGUAUUAUAUCAAGCCUAGAUGUUUUACGGAGGUGACAUACGGUGUAACGAGCUAGACCGAUUGAAUGGAUUUCUCAGUAGCAGCCUACAAUUGACUUGCAAGUGGCAGGCAUGCAUAUCUCUUUCAGAAUGAAGUGCCUUAAACUCUAGCUGUAGUCUUCCCCGACUAGCACUGACUGAAGUGUGACAUAGGAGAGAGCGGCAGGGUGAUGUUCUGCGGGAUGUGAAGUGUAGCAUGGUGCCUACAUCUAGAAAACAAGAGCUUCCCAUUCUCCUUUGUGCUACACUGGAAAUGAUGUAGAAUAAAUAAUUUUUUUUUAAAAAAAGCAACAAACAAGACGGUGACUGAAGUGCCAGUUUGGCAGGCUUUAUAAGGAAACCUUGGUCACGGCGGUUACAGUGUUCAGGAAUUAAAUGUGAAUCGGUAGGGAUGGGGCAGCCAAGGACGGUGCCAGGAGUUCCUGCAGCCUUUGCUGCAGCUUGCUGAGCUUUCACGCCGGCGUUUCCCCACCAAAGGAUCCUUGAAGCACUCGGUGCCUGGCCCCGCUCCUCCUGACACCAGCGGACAUGGGGCUUGGUGGGGCUGUGCUUUCUGUGCCAGUCCUUUGGGGUCUGCGUGUGUUGCUCUGCCCCCGUUUUUGCUUGAGCAGCGAGCUGUUUGUUGGCAUGGAUGCAACCAGGGGGUUGUGGCUUUUUUUGUUUUUAUUUUUUUUGGAAGGAGAAGUUGGAGUUAAAUGAUAGUGAUGCUUCUCCCCCCCUCACCCAGGACAGCUUUUGGGAACGUGUCUUUCCUAGGGCAGGUGAAGCUCUGGCCCCUCGCAGGAUGCGCUGUGGCCAGCCGGGUGCUGGGGGCAAGGGGAUGCUGCGUUCCCUGCAGGACAGCUGUGCCAUGGUGAGCCCCAAGCCGAACGUGCCGGUAUGGGCUUCUGCUGGUGCUGCUUGCUAGUGGUGGCAGGUAAAGCAAAUCAGGGCUGUAAAAUGCUUGUAGCUGUAAGGCAGGGGUGCGUUACCCUUCCUGGUAAAUGGGGCAACUCUGGAGCAUUGUACAACAAAAUCAGGGUGUGCACAUGUGAGUGUAGCAACUGAAAACCACUGAAUAUAUUAAAUGAGGCUUUUGGUUUGAUGCCCAUGCUGGUCAUUCAGAAAUCGAAGUCUGAACUGUGCUCUAUCAAUAGUUUUGACUUGCAUGAAACCACUGGUACUUGCUGGCAGCCGUGACCCGAGUUGUGGCUCUGUGCUGUGUGGAAGCGAGCUGGGACUCAAAGCGAGCUGUUGUAUCAAGAGCUGGAUUUCUUGGUGAAAGUCUGCAGCAGCCGGGUCGCGUGUUCUCUGUCUGUGGGGCUGCUCUGGGGGAACGCAGGGCUCAGCUGCGGCCGCUCGCUGCUCAGCCCCUGUUUGCUCAUCCCUUGAGUGGAAACGUCCCUGCUGCGGUGGGGGCACCUCUGCGAGACGCAGACCGCUCAGGUGCCGGGAGAUGUCUCCCCCCUUCUGUGUGCAUCACAGAACGUGUCGCCGUGAUGCUUUACAGGGGAUCCCUUAGGGGGCAGAGACAGCAAUCAGAGGCAGGUUAACGAGGUGGAGAGAGGUGGGCAGUUGUUUCCCAGUCUGCCUCCACGAUGGCAGUGCCUUGAGCAGCACUGCGCUGGUGGGGGCUUCCCAACCAGGUGGAUAUGGGACACCUUCCAGUUCUCACUUUGCCAAAGCCGUGCAUCCGACAGGAGCGUGCAGAGUACCACGAAGCUCUUCCUUUCUGCUUUUGGCCUAGGAAGCAAUAUUUAACUCUUAAAACCUGUAAAAGCAAAAAGAAGGUACGUGAGGAAAGCACAAAGCACAAAAUAAUGCACUUAUGUUUAUGUUGUUUGACAUAAAAUGCACUGGGGGGGAAGCUGAUGUUGAUAAUAGUAUAAAUACCUAUAUUUCUUGAAAAAGUGACAUUAAUUACUGCCUCUUGCUAUGAUGCUUGGUACUGUAAUGUUGAUAUUCAUCUGCUGUUGACUGCAGCAAUAAUUUGUGUAUGGUCCAUAGCACUGUAAAUUAUGGAUCAAUAUUAAUGUAUCCGAUGAAAUAAUUUGAACUGUUGUUCUUGAUAGAUGGAUUAAAGCAUUUGGUUUUUCACAUA